CUUUGAGAGAAGAAGAGGAAACAAAGGCUGAUGGAAAGAUGAACUUCGUGUGGAAUUAGCAAUUGGAGUACGAACCCAAGGCGUGUUGAGAUAGGUUAGAAUGCAGAGCACAGGAGAAAGUUCAAAUGAUGGGAAAAGUGUUCUUUUUCCCAAUUCACUCGAAUGCUAUAUUCCAACUACAACUUCAGCGUCAUCAUCGGAGAAUGCGAAAAUGAAGUUGAAGAAGGCAGUGCUGCGCAGAGAUUCCAUCAAUUCCGACUUCAAGAACUCCAAUGCAAAUUCUACAACGUCGAGCAGCAAUACUCCCACCGUUGAAAGCCUUGAUAAGCAGGUAGCACCCCCAUCGCCAAAGAGAACUGCGGACGACGAACACAUUGAAAUACACAGGGCAGAGAUAAAGCCUCUGGUUAUCGAAACCAGAGCCAGAAAUCAAAGAUUUGGGAAUUCGAGAGAAUCAAUAGGAGCAAAUGAUUAUGAGCCAACACCGUUUGAAGACUUUAUGGAGAGGUUGAAUAUAAACAAGAUUGCCAAUUUUCUAAGGGUUUCAUCGUCAAGACUUGUGAAUAAGAUCUUGAGUUCGCAGUACAUCAACAACGUCAACGACGGCAAAGUCCAUAUCCAUUCAUUCGGCCUCGGCGUUGCCAUGACAUCGAUAGUCGUUAUGAUCCAACCUUUGAUUGUUGUGUAUCUCGACUCUUGGGUGAUAUUACUGGGGAAAUUGUUCAAACAUCUAAUGGCAUGGUUUGUUGUUGGUGCAGUCUUGUCUUACAUUCUAAACCCCAAAAAGAAGGCGAAGAAGACAAGAGUCGACAUUGAAGAUGGACCAUCUUUUAAAGAGCUGCAAUACUCCGUUAAGUCAUCUGAUACAUCAAGCCCCACGAGAAGAUCAAUCGCAGGUGCUUCAAAUCGCCCAAGUGCAGUUGUGCGUCGUCAAACUGAGCCAUACUCCAUGACCACGAGAAAAGGCUCCCAGUAUGAUGGCUAUGAAGAUCAGCAGGCAUUGAUUAACAUGACAGCGCAUGCACAAACCAACGAGUCCCACAGAAUGGUUCCUCCAAGACCCAAAACAGCAUAUGACCACUUCAUGGAGGGCGCAUUUAAAAAGGAGGAAGACAAGGAAGCCUACAACAGGUUUGUUGAUUUAAACAGGGAGGACAUUAGAAGACAAACAGAAUACGCAUUUAGUGAGAAAUAA